CCGCCACCAAAUGCAUCUGUCAGCCCAGCGCUCACCUACUUUCUCCCCAGUGCGGCUGCUCUUUGGGCUGUGCUGGCACCUGCUGCUGUCCUGGCCUGAGGCAGGUUACAGCCACUUCACCCUGCCACAGCCCAGACCCAGCCAGAGCUUCCAUCAGUGCUAUGUGGUGUGAGCCCAGAGUGAAGUCAGCCCUCGUCGGAAGCCCCCCACAGCCAUGCAGCCUCUUACAGGUGCCAGCGGCCAUAGGGGCCUAGGGCCACAUUUCCAAGAGAGCUCAGCUCUGAACUGCUCCCAGGCAGGUGCCUGUGUGACGUGGGCAGGUUUCCGGGGGCUCUGAGCAGCAACACUCAGGAGGGCAGGACUGGAUUGCACCCAAAAUAUCACCGACACUGCAGAAAAGGGUCACAAAGAUGACUUGGGGGCUGGAGCAAACACCUCACAGAAGGAGACGGAAGGAGAUCGAUCUGUUCAGUUUAGCAAAGAGAAGAGUGAGAGAACAAGCUACGAUGACAGGGAAGGUUCCCUCGUUCUCCCCUGGCUGCACAGUGAGCGCCGCUCUGCCCGGCUACGUCGCUCUCUGCCUCGCUCUACAGGUUCCCAGGCUGGUGUCAGCACAAUUCACAGUGACUGGACCUAACCAUCCAAUCGCUGCCUCCCUAGAUGGGGAGGCCGUCCUGCCCUGCCACCUCUCCCCCAGGAUAAGCGCUGAGAACAUGGAGGUGAGAUGGUUCCGAUCCCAGUUCUCUGCAAUCGUGCACCUGUACCGUUAUGGGCAGGAUCAGUAUGGACAGCAGAUGCCGGAAUAUCGAGGAAGAACUGAGCUCUUGAAAGACAACAUCACCAAUGGGAGAGUUUCCCUGAGAAUACAUGAUAUCCGGCCCUCCGAUGAUGGACAGUAUACGUGUUUUUUUAAAUCCAACGUGUCUUAUGAAGAAGCUUUAUUAGAACUGCAGGUGGCAGGUUUGGGCUCUGUUCCUGCCAUCUCUGUGGAGGGACAUCAGGACGGAGGGAUCCGGGUGGUGUGUCGAUCAGCUGGAUGGUACCCAAAGCCCGAGGCUCAGUGGAGAGAUCCUCAGGGGCAGGUCUUACCAUCAGCCUCUGAAAAAAUAUCCCCAGAGGCCAAUGGCCUGUUUCAAGCAGAGAUUGUCACUGUUCUAACUGAAGAGUCCAACCAGAAAGUGUCCUGCUGUGUCAGGAACCCCCGACUCAACCAGGAGAGAGAGUCAGUGAUUUCCAUAGCAGAGCUGUUUUUCCCGAGGGUCAAUCCCUGGAUGGUGGCUCUGGGUGUGAUCCUGUCUCUCCUGGCUGUUCUCAUUGGCCUGGCCAGUUACUUCUUCUGGAGGCAACACAGAGCGAAAGAGACGCUGCGAUCUGAACUGGAGAGCGAGAAAGAGUGGAGAAGAGCCCUACUAAAUGCAGGUUGGGAAAAAGCCCGACAAUAUGCAGUGGACGUGACUCUGGAUCCAGACACGGCAAAUCCCUACCUCGUCCUGUCUGAGGAUCGGAAACGUGUGAGAAAUGGAGACAAACGCCAGGAUCUGCCCGACAACCCUGAGAGAUUUGAUUGUUGUGUCUGUGUCCUGGGCGCUGAGGGGUUCACGGGCGGGAGGCGUUACUGGGAGGUGGAGGUGGGAGACAAGACAGGCUGGGAACUGGGGGUUUGUAAGGAAUCUGUGAGCAGGAAGGGAUGGUUCAUAGCCACACCUGGGAAUGGAUGCUGGGUCGUGCAGCUGAGGGAUGGAGGAUACAAGGCCUGCACAUACCCCAGGACCCCCCUCCCCGUGAGCGUCAGGCCUAGCCAGGUGGGGAUUUUCCUGGACUAUGAGGCGGGCGAGGUCUCGUUUUACAAUGUGACUGACAGGUCCCAUCUCUUCACUUUCACUGACACCUUCUCCGGGAAGCUCCGCCCUUAUUUCUAUCCUGGUGUCAAUGCUGGGGGUACAAACGUGUCUCCCCUGAUAAUCUGCCCGGUCCCAGCUCAGGCCGGAGGGAAUCUCUGUCCCUGACAGUGACCCCGCGGCACAGACUGGCCCCUCCCAGCCCUGCUGCUCUUCCCACCCCCAGUGGUGGGGGCCAGUUACUGCAGCAACUGGACUUUCCGUGCUCACCGGACGCUGCCAGUUUCCCUUUUCAACUGGAGGUUCCAGUCGAAAACUGGACACCUGGCAACCCCCAGCCCCCACCUUUCCCGUCCCCUGCCCCAGGGGUAGCAGAUGGUGGGGGAUGGGGUCAUUCACUCCAGUCAGAAUUUUCUACCCCUGUGAAAUAAGUGUAAAUAUGAAAGAAAAAUAUUAUUUUAAUUUAGAAAAUAUUAUUGUA